AUGUCUGCUAUUGCCAGUUCUCCCCAGCGUGCUGCAGCUGCGGCUGCUGGUGCCGCGGCAACGCAACUGAUUGGCGAGCGACACAGGUUCAAAGUUCAGAAGGUCAUCUGCAUUCUGCACUACUUCUCCCGUGUGCUCGCUGAGGAAGGCACGCCCACGGGUGCAGUCACCUUUUCUCGCCGCUGUCUCCACCAUCCGCCGGACUUUGAAUCAAGUGCUGUCCUGAUUGGUUCCGUCCCGCUCGGCACUAGCUCCACGAGUCGUAUUGAGGAUGCCGGAAGCGACUGUUUGCAGGCGAGUAUAACUGAAAAUGGCUAG